AUGCCUCCCAAAUUCGAUCCCAAUGAGGUGAAGGUUAUCCACCUCCGUGCCACCGGUGGUGAGGUUGGUGCUCAGUCUGCACUUGCCCCCAAGGUCGGUCCUUUGGGUUUGUCGCCCAAGAAGAUUGGUGAAGAUAUUGCCAAGGCUACCGGUGACUGGAAAGGUCUCCGUGUCACCGUCAAGCUCACCAUCCAGAACCGUCAAGCCGCGGUCUCUGUUGUUCCCUCCGCCUCUUCCCUCGUCAUCCGCGCCCUCAAGGAGCCUCCCCGUGACCGCAAGAAGGAGAAGAACAUCAAGCACUCCAAGUCCAUCCCUCUCGAUGAUAUCAUUGAGAUUGCUCGCACCAUGCGCGCCCGCAGUCUUGCCAAGGAGCUCCGUGGUACCGUCUUGGAAAUCCUCGGAACCGCCUUCAGCGUUGGUUGCCAGGUUGAUGGACGUAGCCCCAAGGACGUCAGCGAUGAUGUCAAGGCUGGCGAGAUUGACAUUCCUGAGGAGUAA